AUGUUAUCAAUCACCAACUUGAACAACUCGCGCUUGCGCCUGGCAAUCCCCAUUGUCGUGAUUUUCACGCUCGUCUUUCUCUUUUACGCGGACUGGAAGCCCAUCAACAAAGCCAUCCUCACCUCCAACUCCUCCUCAGGGGCGAUUGCGACCGGCAACACGGGUUCAGCUCCCACUCCACCGCCCGAAAUCCCUGCGGAUCAUCCGUCACCCAGCAAAACCAAAUUUCGCUAUUCCAACACAAACACUUCAAUUUCUAAUAUUCCCGAUAAAGUUUGGCAUUCCGCAAAGACGGAUAGCAUAUCGGAGAAUCAACGCCAAUGGGUCAACAGCUGGUCAAGCUCGACCCCGGAAUGCCGCCAAGAAUUGCUUACCGAUCGCUCCGGUGAGGCGUUUGUUCGCGCAUACUACCAAGAGACACGGCCAGAUAUUGUUGAAGUCAUUGAAACGCUCUCAAUCCCAAUUUUACGGGCGGAUCUGCUUCGUUAUUUGAUUGUUCUCGCUGAGGGUGGGUACUGGAGUGAUUUGGAUGUCACAUUGGACAAACCACUUUCUGACUGGGUGCCCUCGGAGUACAAAGGUCGGAAUAUCGACAUGAUUGUCGGUCUGGAAUUUGAUUUUGCAUACCGCGGCCCGGAAGCUGAGGUUGCAUCGCAAUUCUGCAACUGGGUGUUUGCUGCGCAGCCGUCAUCUCGCAAUUUGCUUGUUGUUGUUAAUGCUGUUAUCAACAAAUUGAAGGAGAUCGCCACGGCAAAUCAUGUGUCAAUUGCCGGUAUCACCUUGGAAAUGUUCAAAGAUGUUGUGAACGUGACUGGACCUAAGAUCAUGACGAUCGCGCUCCUGGAAAGCCUCGGACAACUGCUAAACAGGACCGUCGAUGACCGCGAUUUCUCGGGUAUCAAACAUCCAAAGCUGGUCGGUGAUGUCUUGAUCAUGCCAGGUGUCUCAUUUGCUGCUGCUCAGAAUGGGUUCCCUACAGACCAAGGUGAUGCCCUUGUGACACACCAUUACGAGGGCUCGUGGAAGCAAGCAGAUGCCGAAGCGAAGGAAAGAAAAAAAGCAAAAAGAGCAAGAGGAACAACAGGCACAGAACCACCAAGGAUGAAACGAAGCACUGUAAUAAUAAUCUGCUGUACAAAUUGA